AUGGAACCAUUUAAACCAACUAUAAUUGAUGAUUCCGUAAUAGAUUCUAAGUUUAAAGAUAUAAUACAAAGUUCUAAAGUGUUGAUAAUUCCACUAAUUAGAUGUGAUGAUAAAGUAUUUAAUGGAAUUAUUAAACAGAAAAAUAUUGAAAAUCAAGUAUUUAAUGGAAUUUUUAAAAAGGAAAUUAUUGACAAAAUUACUGAUGGUCUUCACAAUAAUAGUAAAUUAUUAGGUCCUAGAGUGGAGCCAUUGCGACUUAAUACAGUAUGUGGUGAUCAAGUAUUUGAUGGAGUUAAUAAACAGGAAAAUAUUGAUAGUCAAGUAUUUAAUGGAAUUUUCAAAGAGGAAAUAAUUGAUGAAACAGACCAUCACUCUGAUGGACAAUUACCACAAAAAGGAACUAGAACUGAAGAAAAAGAAAACACAAUUGAUACCGAGAUAAAAAUAAAAAAAGAAAUUAUUGAUGAACAGGAAUUUGAAGGAACAGUUUUAAAUGAAAACCACUCUUCAAAAUUCAUUACUUGUUUAAAUACGGAUAUCACUUUUAACAACAAAAGGAAAAAUCCUUUUAAUAAUAUCCGUGAUACAAUAUCUCCAGCAUCCAAUUUAACUGUGCGUACAUGGACACAUAAGCUGCAUAAAUGUGAUAUCUGUGGUAUACGGUUUUCCAAAGUAUCAGAUUUAACCAGGCAUGCAAGGAUACAUACAAGGGAAAAACCAUAUAAAUGUGAUUUCUGUGAUACAGCGUUUGCUAGAGCAUCAUGUCUAACAAUUCAUAACAAAACACAUGCCAGAGAACCGUCAUAUAAAUUACGACUUAAUACAGUAUGUGGUGAUCAAGUAUUUGAUGGAGUUAAUAAACAGGAAAAUAUUGAUAGACAAGUAUUUAAUGGAAUUUUCAAAGAGGAAAUAAUUGAUGAAACAGACCAUCACUAUGAUGGACAAUUACCACAAAAAGGAACUAGAACUGAAGAAAAAGAAAACAUAAUUGAUACCGAGAUAAAUAUAAAAAAAGAAAUUAUUGACGAACAGGAAUUUGAAGGAACAGUUUUAAAUGAAAACCACUCUUCAGAAUUCAUGACUUGUUUAAAUACGGAUAUCACUUUUAACAACAAAAGGAAAAAUCCUUUUAAUAAUAUCCGUGAUACAAUAUCUCCAGCAUCCAAUUUAACUGUGCGUACAUGGACACAUAAGCUGCAUGAAUGUGAUAUCCGGGAAAAACCAUAUAAAUGUGAUAUCUGUGAUACAGCGUUUGCUAGAGCAUCAUGUCUAACAAAUCAUAAAAAAGCACAUGCCAGAGAACCGUCAUAUAAAUGUGAUAUCUGUAGUAUACGGUUGUCUAGAGCAUCACAUUUAACCAGACAUAAAAGGACACAUACCGUAGAAAAGACUUAUAAAUGUGAUGUCUGUGAUCAAGCUUUUUUUCAAGCGUAUAAUUUAAACAUCCAUAAAAGGACACACAGUGGAAAAAGGCCGCAUAAAUGUGAUGUCUGUAAUACAAAGUUUUAUUACUUAUCACAUCUGACCAGGCAUAAAAGGACACAUACAGGAGAAAAACCCUAUAAAUGUAAAUUCUGUGAUCAAGAUUUUGCUCAAAAUUAUAAUUUAACAACCCAUGAAAGGAUACAUAACGGAGAAAAGCCAUAUAGUUGUGAUAUCUGUGGUUUACAGUUUUCUGAUGCAUCAAACUUAAGAAGGCAUAGUAAGAAGUCACAUAACGGAAAAAAAGCCUAA